GACAAGUUGAAAUAAAUACAAACAACCAGACCAUGCUAUGACUUGUUGAAUGCAUGCAUACACAUGAAAAUACAUUAUUUUCAACAAAAUCUAGUCCUAUGCACGUCCUUCAAGUAAAGAUUAAGCAUUUCCUAAAAAAAACAAAAUAGAAGAACUGAACGUGCUUCUUUCAACUAAGCUGAGAGUUCUACGCCAUGUCCAUGUGAUUUAUGUCUCGUUUCUUGAGCUUCAGAUUCAUUAGUCAGAUACUAUAUAUAUAUAUAUACACACACACACACACACACACACACACACACACACACACACACACACCUCCUUCUGUCUUCCUCUCUGUAUCCAGAUGUUAUGCUUGAUAAGAUUCAUCAUUAGCCAAAAAAAUGGGGUGCACUUAUUCUGUGUAUAAGAAGAAGAAAUCAAGCUUUCCUGAAGUAGUUGUGUUAACUCCAUCAAUCAGAAUUCCAGUGCAAUCUGAUCUUCAAAGAGCACUUAAAGGAUUAGUUCCAAAGGAUCUUGCUGAUAAAUUGUCGUCUCUUCGGAACCAGAUUGUGUUGGUAGCAGAAGAUACCGAUGGAUCAGCUAUAGCUGAAUUGCGGCGAGCUUUGAAUGAGUAUUUGUCUGUUCUAAUUGGACUUACUAAGAAAGAAUAUGGUCUUGAGGGACUAAUAGAAUUCAAGUGGAAAAACUUUGAAGUUGGAAAACAAGAUAGUAGUAUAUCAAAUGUGUGGUUUGAGGUGCUAUCAUGUGUUCACUUUAUGGCUAUGCUGACACUGUCUGAGGCUGAUUCACUGAUGAUUCCAAAGGACCAUUCAGACUCUGGAUUCAGGGUUGUGUCUGCAGAUAGCAAGAGGGAAGCAAUUGAUUUGUUACUCAAAGCAUCAGGGUACCUGGAGUUCUGUGUUAGGAAAAUUCUUCCUCAAAUACCAGCUGAAACCAAGAAAAUUUUGCCACAUGACUUGCAGGAGGGUGUAUUGGAAGCUAUAGCUAUUCAAGCACUAGGCCAGGGAACUGAGAUUCAGCUUGGUCUUGCUGUUGACAGUCAAAAGGCCACUUUGUCUGUGAAGAGGAGGAUGGCAUGUGAACAGCUGAUUUACUUUAGUCAGGCGUAUCACUCCUUAUCGGAAUGUGACUUCAACCAAGGGCAUGGAAAGAAGCAUCUCAGGUUCAUCAAAUGGAAAUUCCUUGAAUCCAAGGCUACAGCUUACUACUACCAUGGUCUGAUCCUCGACAAGGGUAACGAACCGAGCAGUCACAUUCUUGCGGUGUCUUGUUUUCUUGCUGCAGAAGAACUUCUGCAAGAAAGCAAAAAGGCCUGCUUGAGCUUUUGUCUUGCAGCUCCAGUGACAAGGGCUCCUCCAAUUUGGGGUGUCAUGAAACUUCUAAAUCAAAAAAUUCCUGAAGUUGCAUCAAAGAAGUACCAGAUGUAUGGAUACCUUUUGGAGCAAGAAAAAGGUCUCCACCAAGCAUUGCCAGACCUACCUGAAUUUCAAUUAUCAUUACAUCCAGAUGAGUAUGAAUUGCCUGAAAUUGAUCCAGCAUGGGAUAGUAAAAAUUGGGAAACAUUAGGGCAACCAUUGAAAGAACACCUUAGAGAUAGUGAUGAAAAUCCAACUGAUUGAUAUACUUUAUAUGGUUUUCUAGUUUCUUAUCUAUGUGUAGUUAAAUACAUGCUUGAUUAUAAGACUAUUGUAAAAGUUAAACAUUACCAUAUAAUUAAUUGAGUUAUUAUUCAUUCA